AUGCACUCAAUAACAUAUUUCAUAUACCUCUUCAUUGCCCUAAUUACAUUUUCGAUAGUUUAUUCGAAAAAACCUGUUGAUGAAACACAUUGUGAAGUAUGUAUAAAAACUGUCACUACAUUUGCAGAAACAUUAGCUGAUGAUGAAAAAACCUCUCCAGAAAAAAUUGAAAAAGCAUUUAAAACUUUUUGUAAAAAAGUUAAAGUUGAUACUAAAGAACAUCGAUUGUGUUAUUAUAUCGGUGCAUUAGAAACAUCAGCAACAUAUGCUAUUGGUGAUUUAUCAAAACCAUUAGCAUGGGGUAUACCAAUUGAAAAGAUAUGUCGAGAAAGACUUGCAAAGAGUAAUCCACAAAUAUGUGAUCUUAAAUUUGAAAAACAAAUUGAUGUUAAUUCAGUUGAUUUAAACAAAUUAAAAGUUAAAGAUUUAAAAAAGAUCUUAAGUGAUUGGGGUGAAACAGCUGAUUUUAUUGAAAAAUCCGAAUUUAUCAAACGUAUUAAUGAAGUUAAAGAUAAAUAUGCCAAACCAACAGAUUCAACUAAAAAAGACUUAUGA